AGAGAGAGAGAGAGAGGGGGGAGAGAGAAAGGAAACUAACUCACGUCUAAAUAGCAGACAUAGAUGACUCGCAGCAGUAGUAGUUUUCGAUUUCCGUGUGGGAUAGGACACAAUUCUUUCCCUGUUAUACAGUUUUCUUUCAGUUUCGAGAUUGAAAAAACCAAUUUCUUUACUGUUCCUUCAUACAACAGAAAGAGAAGCCGGCAGCAAUAUCUCCAUUGUUCCUCUUCCUUUGUAUUUCCCAUUCUUUGCUCAUCGUCUCUCUACGACAUGGAUGCUGCACCACGCCAAGGCUUGUACCCUCUGCACCGUUGCAAAACUAUUCACUUGGUGAGACAUGCUCAGGGAUUCCACAAUGUGGCUGGAGAGAAGGAUCACAGCGCAUACAUGUCACCGGAGCUUUUUGAUGCAGAGCUUACCCCUCUUGGCUGGCAGCAGGUAGACAAUCUGCGAAAGCAUGUUCGUUCAUCAGGUCUUUCAAGGAGAAUUGAAUUAGUAGUAGUGUCCCCUUUGCUAAGGACUAUGCAAACAGCUGUAGGGGUUUUUGGUGGAGAUGGUUAUGAAGAUGGAAUUGAUGUACCGCCGCUAAUGGCAGAAAACGCUGGUAACAGCAGCCGCCCAGCAAUUUCAAGUUUAAACUCCCCUCCAUUUGUGGCAAUGGAACUUUGUCGAGAACAUUUGGGAGUUCACUGGUGUGAUAAGAGAAGGAGCAUAAGCGAAUACAAGCCACUUUUCCCUGCAAUUGAUUUUUCACUGAUAGAAAGUGAUGAUGACACUCUGUGGAAGCUUGAUGUUAGAGAGGCAAAUGAAGACCUUGGUGCCAGGGGCCUGAAAUUUUUGAACUGGUUGUCGACGCGGAAGGAGACAAAUAUAGCGGUGGUUACUCAUAGUGGAUUUUUAGUCCACACCCUUGCUGCAUUUGGAGAUGAUUGCCAUCCAUCCGUGAAGAAUGAAAUAUGCAGACCAUUCAACAAUUGUGAACUUCGUUCGGUGGUAAUUGUCGAUAGAAGUAUGAUUAGUUCAGGUUCUUCAACAACAGAUUAUCCUGGAAAAAUUCCUGACGGGUCGGAUGCACCUAGUGAAGAAGCUGACAAGAAAUAAUGAUGGUUUCUUAGUACUAUUGUUUUCAGAUUCAAGGGAAAUUUGAGAAUCACUGCUUGAGUGAUUCAAUGAGGCAGGUUGAUCCACUAGUUAUGUGGUUUCUAUUAUUUUAAGGUUCAUUCAUCCCAGAAAUAGGAGUGUGAGACAUUAGUUGACAUCUGGAUAGACUUGAGAGCAACAGAUCAUUUUUAGUACCACAGACUCAGCAGUUCUUUGAUGCAUACAAUUAUUCUUGCCUGGGCUGGUGUCCCUCUGUUGGUUCACGUGAUUUAUGGGUCAUAGUUAACCCGCCAGCCAACCUGCAAGGAUUAAGUUUUCUUAUAUAUAAUGUCUUAAAUCAUGUGAGA